AUGCCGCCGUGGGAGUCUUUAGACAACGCCAUCUACGCGCCUCCAAUCACGCAGAAAACGCUCGACUAUGAAGGCGAGCUCUGUGUCGUACUGGGCCGCGAUGCAGAGGAUGUCUCGGACGGGGAAGCGCUUGAUUACGUGCUGGGAUACACCGCGGGCAACGAUGUGUCUGCGAGGACUUUCCAAGCGCCAGAGUUGAGUGGCUACCAAUUCUCCUUUGCAAAGUCGUUUGACGGAUUCGCGCCCAUGGGGCCCUGCAUCGCGACCAAGGUGGCCAUCCCAGACCCUCAGAAUAUAUCUUUCGUCACCAGAGUGAAUGGGGCGGUGCGACAGUGGUCCAACACGAGCAACAUGAUUUUUAACGGCCGUCAAGUUGUGGCUCAUCUCUCCCAAGGCACACCUUGCGCAAAGGACCCGUCAUCAUGA